ACCACGCCUGCAAAUUUCUUCCCAGAGGAAUCAACUCUAGAUCAGUAGCUUAUAUGCGUUACUGAUAAUGGAUAAUCACGGUCCACGGUAUCCAUACCCUUACGGUCAGUACCCGUACCCUUACCCAUACCCAGCUCCUUAUAGACCUCCUAGUUCAGAGCCAUACCCACCACCCCCAACCAACCAAUACAAUGCCCCUUAUUACCCUUACCCACCACAGCCAUACGCAACACCACCACCACAACCACCAUAUGCAUCACCACCGCCUCAUCAACACACUUCGGGUUCGCAUUCGGGCCCAUUAGACUAUAGCCACAACCCUCAACCAUCAUCUCACGCGGCUCCUCCAGAGUAUCAUCGACAUUCUUUUGACUACCAACCUUCUCCUUACCCUUAUUCUGGUCAUCAACCACAAGGUAACUUCGGUGCUUAUGGUCCGCCUCCUCACUAUUCGUAUCAAGAGCCAGCUCAAUACCCCCCACCUGAUACUAAACCGCAAGAGCCUCCUCCUCCUCCUCCUCCGCAAACUCAAGGUUAUCCAGAAUAUCGUAGGCAAGAUUGUCUCAGUUCCGGGGGAACAGGUCAUGAUAAUGUAAGCAAUUCUGGAUCUUCUUAUCCUCCUGUGGAUGAACUUCUAGGUGGUCUGCACAUUUCUACUAACCAACCAGGUCCCUCAGUUCCACAGUUAUCUUCCCUCCCUUCGAACUCUUGGCAAAGCCGCCCUGGUGACUUGUAUGGUUACCCUAACAGCUCGUUUCCAAGUAACUCUCAUUUGCCACACUUAGGGAGAGUAGAUUCGUCUAGCUCUUAUACUCCUAGCUAUGCAUCUGCCGAAUCGCCACAUAGUGCGGAUAUGCAGAUGACGCUGUUCGGUAAAGGGUCUUUGAAGGUCCUGUUGUUGCAUGGGAAUUUGGAUAUUUGGAUAUAUCAUGCAAAAAAUCUCCCAAACAUGGAUAUGUUCCAUAAGACACUGGGUGAUAUGUUUGGAAGAUUGCCAGGAAAAAUUGAAGGGCAGCUUAGUAGUAAGAUUACCAGUGAUCCUUACGUUUCUGUAUCAGUUGCUGGUGCUGUGAUUGGAAGAACAUAUGUCAUGAGUAACAGCGAAAAUCCUGUUUGGAUGCAACAUUUUUAUGUUCCUGUUGCUCAUCAUGCUGCAGAAGUUCAUUUUGUUGUUAAAGACAGUGAUGUUGUGGGUUCACAGCUUAUUGGAUUGGUUACAAUCCCGGUGGAACAGAUAUACUCAGGUGCCAAAAUUGAAGGAACUUAUCCGAUUCUAAACAGUAAUGGGAAGCCUUGUAAACCAGGGGCAAAUUUAUCAUUAUCGAUCCAGUAUACUCCUAUGGACAAACUCAGUGUUUAUCAUCAUGGAGUUGGGGCAGGUCCUGAUUACCAAGGGGUACCUGGAACAUAUUUUCCGCUUAGAAAAGGCGGAACUGUGAGAUUGUAUCAAGAUGCACAUGUCCCAGAAGGGAUGCUCCCUGGUAUAAGACUGGAUAAUGGAAUGUCUUACGAACAUGGGAAGUGUUGGCAUGAUAUGUUUGAUGCCAUACGUCAGGCGAGGCGUUUAAUUUAUAUCACAGGUUGGUCAGUGUGGCACAAAGUUAGGCUGGUUCGUGAUAAAUUAGGUCCGGCAUCCGAAUGUACUCUUGGGGAGCUCCUAAGAUCAAAGUCCCAAGAAGGCGUGAGAGUCCUCCUUUUGAUUUGGGAUGACCCAACUUCACGUAGCAUCUUAGGUUAUAAAACAGAUGGGGUUAUGGCAACCCAUGAUGAGGAGACACGCCGUUUUUUUAAGCACUCCUCAGUUCAAGUCCUGCUUUGCCCCCGAAAUGCUGGAAAGCGACAUAGUUGGGUCAAGCAGAGGGAAGUUGGGACAAUCUAUACACAUCAUCAGAAAAACGUAAUAGUAGAUGCUGAUGCUGGUGGUAACAGGAGGAAAAUCGUAGCUUUUGUCGGUGGGCUUGAUCUGUGUGAUGGCCGAUAUGACACUCCUCAACAUCCGUUGUUCAGGACACUACAGACAGUUCAUAAAGAUGAUUUUCACAACCCCACUUUUACGGGAAACCUUUCAGGAUGUCCAAGAGAGCCGUGGCAUGACUUACACAGUAAGAUCGAUGGCCCGGCUGCGUAUGAUGUGCUGACCAACUUCGAGGAGAGAUGGUUGAAGGCUGCGAAGCCUAGCGGGAUCAAGAAGUUUAAGACUUCCUAUGACGAUGCGUUGUUAAGGAUUGAUAGGAUUCCAGAUAUAUUAGGAGUUUCUGAUACUCCUACUGUCAGUGAGAACGAUCCUGAGGCUUGGCAUGUUCAGAUUUUCCGUUCAAUUGAUUCAAACUCUGUGAAAGGUUUCCCAAAGGAUCCGAAAGAUGCUACAUGCAAGAACUUGGUGUGUGGGAAGAACGUGCUGAUUGAUAUGAGCAUACACACAGCGUAUGUGAAAGCCAUUCGUGCAGCCCAACACUUCAUCUAUAUUGAGAAUCAGUAUUUCAUUGGGUCUUCCUACAACUGGAAUGCGCAUAAGGACAUAGGUGCGAAUAAUUUGAUUCCUAUGGAAAUUGCGUUGAAGAUAGCUGAAAAGAUCAGGGCAAAUGAACGGUUUGCUGCUUAUAUUGUCAUUCCAAUGUGGCCAGAAGGUGUUCCAACCGGCGCUGCUACACAGAGGAUUCUAUAUUGGCAGCACAAGACAAUGCAGAUGAUGUAUGAGACUAUAUACAAGGCGUUAGUGGAGACAGGGCUUGAAGGAGCAUUCUCCCCACAAGAUUACCUCAAUUUCUUCUGUCUUGGGAACAGAGAAAUGGUGGAUGGAAUCGAUAACUCAGGAACAGGGAGUCCAAGCAAUGCAAACACUCCUCAGGCGUUGAGUCGGAAAAGCAGAAGAUUUAUGGUCUAUGUUCACUCGAAAGGGAUGGUAGUUGAUGAUGAAUACGUAUUGAUUGGAUCUGCAAACAUAAACCAACGAUCAAUGGAAGGUACAAGAGACACAGAGAUUGCAAUGGGAGCUUACCAGCCUCAACAUACAUGGGCAAGGAAACAUUCUGGUCCUCGGGGUCAGAUCUAUGGAUACAGAAUGUCGCUUUGGGCAGAGCAUAUGGCAACAUUAGAUGACUGUUUCACCCAACCGGAAAGUAUAGAAUGUGUAAGGAAAGUGAGAACAAUGGGAGAGAGGAACUGGAAACAGUUUGCAGCUGAAGAAGUCUCAGACAUGAGAGGACAUUUGUUAAAGUAUCCAGUAGAAGUUGAUCGAAAAGGUAAAGUCCGACCACUUCCCGGGAGUGAGACUUUCCCAGACGUCGGAGGUAUAGAGAUGGGUUUGGAGGAACAAGGAAGAGCGAGAGAAGACACACCUCUGCUUGGUAAAGGAAGACCACUGUCGAGCAAGUUCAAGACUUUCGCCAAUGUUUUCAUUGCUAUCGUUGGUGCUGGGGUUCUUGGUCUUCCUUAUGCCUUCAAACGAACCGGAUGGCUCAUGGGUUUGCUUACGCUCUUUUCCGUCGCCGCUUUGAUCAACCAUUGCAUGAUGCUUCUUGUUCAUAUUCGUCGUAAGCUUGGUGUCUCCAAUAUUGGCUCUUUUGGGGAUCUUGGGUUUGCUGUUUGCGGCCACGUCGGGAGGUUUGUUGUCGACAUUCUUAUUAUUCUGUCUCAGGCUGGGUUUUGUGUUGGAUACCUUAUCUUCAUCGCUACUACUUUAGCUAAUCUCUUUAACCCAACCACGACUACGACUUUGAUGAGUCUGAGACAUUUGAUGGGUGUGUCUCCUAAGAGUCUCUACAUAUGGGGAUGUUUUCCGUUUCAGCUGGGUUUGAAUUCUAUUAAGACACUCACUCACUUGGCCCCUUUGAGCAUAUUCGCUGAUGUGGUUGAUUUGGGUGCAAUGGCGGUGGUGAUUGUGGAGGAUAUCAAGAUUACAGUGGUGCAAAGGCCUCAAGUUGUUGCCUUUGGUGGUAUGUCUGUGUUCUUCUAUGGGAUGGGUGUUGCCGUUUACGCCUUUGAAGGGGUUGGAAUGGUUUUGCCUCUUGAAUCCGAGACCAAGGACAAGGAAAAGUUUGGCAAAGUGUUGGCACUCAGCAUGUUGUUCAUUGCCGUGAUGUAUGGAUCUUUUGGUGUGUUGGGCUACAUGGCUUUUGGGGAUGAUACAAUGGACAUAAUCACAGCUAACUUGGGGGCAGGAGUGGUGAGCAGUCUUGUGCAGCUGGGGCUCUGCAUCAACCUUUUCUUCACCUUUCCCUUGAUGAUGAACCCUGUGUUUGAGAUCGUGGAGAGACGUUUUUGGAGUGGAAUGUACUGCGUGUGGCUCAGAUGGUUGCUCGUCUUGGCAGUGACGUUGGUGGCUCUCUUGGUGCCAAACUUUGCAGAUUUUUUGUCAUUGGUUGGUAGCAGCGUCUGCUGUGCGUUGGGUUUUGUGUUGCCUUCUUUGUUUCAUCUGAUGGUCUUCAAAGACGAAAUGGGGUGGAAGCAACGAGCUUUAGACGUGGGGAUCCUGCUACUGGGUGUCAUUCUUGGUGUCUCAGGAUGCUUUGUCACGACUGAGGUUAGAGGAGAAGCUGCCACAUGGACAUGGCAGACACAGGCAAAGGAAGCUCUGUUACUGUCUGCAACGAUCGCUGCGGCUGCCCUUCUCCCUGUCCCGGUGGCAAAUCUUGCAGGUAGGUGCGUGAUGAGAGAAGCAUCUGGUGGGGAUCAAGGGCACAUGUUGUGCCCGUGUGGGGAGCAAUGUGGCUGCAACCCCUGCAACUGCCCCAAGACCCAAACCCAAACGCAAACCUCCGCCAAGGGCUGAACCUGUGGUGAGGGCUGCACCUGCGCCACUUAGACAUCCCUUACUAUGUCUAUACCAUACUUGUAUAAUAGGUACUAGCUAGUUGAUCUGAAAUAAAUCUGUGUAUUAGGUCCAGGUACAACGAAGUAUCUGUUUCGUAUGCUCUGCUUUUGUCUUAUGACUCAUAAAGUCUGAAGAUCCUG